AAGAUAUCAUAGAUGUAGAAUAUUUGAGAGGUUCCAAAAGUUUAAAAGGUGUAGAAGAUUCUGAAGAUCCUAGCAGUUUUGAAGGUUCUUAUAGUUUUGGAAGCUCUAACAGUCCUGAAG